AUGCUACGUAAUAUUCAGCUGCUAUUUUUUGCUUUGUCAUUAUGCCUUUAUAGUGUAAGGGCUAAUGUAAUUCCUAUGAAAACUUCCAACUCUGUGCAGUUUCAAAUGAAGAAAAGGUACUUAGAUUAUGAUAGGCUAGCGGAGCCUAUACGCGGAGUAAAUAUUGGAGGGUGGUUGGUUCUCGAGCCGUAUAUCACCCCAUCCUUAUUUGAAGUGUUUCGCACUAAUACUGAAAAUGAUAACGGUAUUCCAGUUGAUGAAUACCACUACUGCCAAAUGUUAGGUUAUGACGAGGCCAGAAGAAGAUUGAUUGCUCAUUGGGAUUCCUUUUACACAGAACAAGAUUUUGCAGCUAUUGCACGUCAAGGCUUUAAUCUUGUUAGGAUUCCAGUAGGUUAUUGGGCCUUCAAACUUUUGGAUAAUGAUCCUUAUGUAACAGGAUUACAAGAGUCGUACCUUGAUAGAGCAAUUGGAUGGGCAUCAAAAUACAACUUGAAAGUAUGGAUUGAUUUACAUGGUGCUGCGGGAUCACAGAAUGGGUUCGAUAAUUCAGGAUUGAGAGACUGGUUAGCAUUCUUGGAGGAUAGGAAUCUGAAACUCACAUUAGACUCAUUAUAUUAUAUCCUGGAAAAAUAUUCCCGAAAUGAAUAUCUAAACACUGUAGUUGGUAUUGAACUAUUAAAUGAGCCAUUAGGUCCAGCUAUAGAUAUGGGUAAAUACAAAAACGAUUAUGUCAUGCCAGCAUACCGUUAUUUGAGAGAUACUCUACAAAGAAAUCAAAUUAUUGUCCUACAGGACGCUUUCCAACCUCCUAACUAUUGGGAUAAUUUUUUGACGUUGGACCAAGGCUUUUGGGGUGUUGCCGUUGAUCAUCAUCAUUAUACAGUCUUUUCCCCCGGUGAAUUGGACCGUCCAGUCGAUCAGAAAAUUCGUACUGCUUGUCAAUGGGGAUAUGAUGUCGUAAAUGAAUAUCACUGGAGCAUAGGAGGAGAAUUUUCUGCAGCAUUAGACGACUGUGCCAAGUGGUUAAACGGUGUAGGCGUUGGUGCACGCUACGAUGGAACUUUCUUUAGAGAUAAGAACAUUCCAAGCGAUUUCAGGUUAGGAUCUUGUAAUGGUAACGACAAUAUUGACACAUGGUCGAAUGAAAAGAGGGAAAAUACGAGAAAAUUUGUUGAGGCACAACUAGAUGCUUUCGAAAUGAGAGAAGGAUGGAUAAUGUGGUGCUAUAAAACUGAGAGCGCUAUCGAAUGGAGCGUUCAGAAACUGAUUGAGCACGGAAUGUUCCCGCAACCUAUCCAGCACAGGAAGUAUCCAAAUCAAUGCAAACUAAAUUGA